AUGGGUGUAUUCCUUACGAACUUCGAGCGACGCAUGGAGACUAUGGCCAACAUUCUAUACUACCCGCAGAAGCCUUUGGCGCGAACGAUGGCUAUGGAGUACCUCAAGUUCCGAGAGCUGCCUGCAGGUCAAAAUGCAAUUGUUGCUAUUGCUUGCUACUCAGGCUACAAUCAGGAAGAUUCCGUGAUCAUGAAUCAGAGUUCAAUUGACCGAGGUCUCUUUCGAUCACUGUUCUACCGCACAUACCAAGAACAAGAGCGACUUGUUGGGCAAGGCGUCAUCGAACAAUUCGAGAAACCCACUCGCAUGGAUACACUACGCAUGAAGCACGGCACAUACGAGAAGUUGGAUCAGGACGGCAUCAUCAUGCCUGGCGUUCGUGUCAGCGGUGAGGACAUCAUCAUGGGCAAGACCACUCCAAUGGCUCCAGACGCAGAUGAGCUGGGUAUACGACAGAAGACGCAUGUCAAGCGUGACGUCUCCGUCCCUCUCCGAUCUACCGAAGCCGGCGUGGUCGAUCAGGUAAUGGUAACAACCACUGCAGACGGCAACCGCUUUGCCAAAGUCCGUGUCCGAACCACCAAAGUCCCGCAGAUCGGCGACAAGUUCGCUUCACGCCACGGUCAGAAAGGCACAAUCGGCGUCACCUACCGUACAGAAGACAUGCCAUUCUCGCGCGAGGGCAUAGUGCCAGAUCUAGUCAUCAACCCGCACGCCAUCCCCUCCCGCAUGACAAUCGCCCAUCUGGUCGAAUGCCAACUCAGCAAAGUCGCCACCUUGCGAGGCGACGAAGGCGACGCCACCCCCUUCACCAAAGUCACCGUCACCCAAAUCUCCGACAUCCUCCGCCAACAAGGCUACCAAUCCCGCGGCUUCGAGGUCAUGUACAACGGCCACACCGGCCGCAAACUCGUCUCCCAAAUCUUCUUCGGACCCACCUACUACCAACGCCUGCGCCACAUGGUCGACGACAAGAUCCACUCCCGCGCCCGCGGGCCCACUCAGAUCCUCACCCGCCAGCCCGUCGAGGGUCGUGCUCGUGACGGCGGUCUGCGGUUCGGAGAGAUGGAGCGCGAUUGCAUGAUUGCGCACGGCGCUUCCUCUUUCCUCAAGGAACGUCUGUUCGAUGUCUCGGAUCCGUUCAGAGUGCACAUCUGCGACAUCUGUGGGCUGAUGACGGUGGUGGCGAAGCUGAAGAAGAAUACAUUCGAGUGCAAGAACUGCAAUAACAAGAACCAGAUCAGUCAGGUUUAUCUGCCGUAUGCGGCGAAGUUGCUGUUCCAGGAGUUGCAUGCUAUGAAUAUUAGCGCAAGGAUGUAUACGCGGAAGAGCAAGUAG